UAUUACAGAGUCUGUGUGCUGCGCAGAAAGGAAUACCUUUGCAUCUGUCUGGGAAUCCUAAGGCUGAGUGUUGAAAGAGCUUCAAGUAGUAUUCCUUGUCCUAAAACCAACAAACGGAAUAAAAGCAGGAAGGCUAAACUACAAGACAGGAAAGAUUUGUGGAAUAAACUGUACCGGAGAUUGGAGCAGAUCAUUCUGAUUACAAGAUUCAUUUCUGGAUAGAUUAAAAAAGGCGGAAAGGUGGGGGUUUCAGUAACUGUUAUUAAAGAAAGAAAGAAAGAAAGAAAGAAAGAAAGAAAGAAAGAAAGAAAGAAAGAAGUAGCUCAGAGAUUAGUUACAAUGCUGGGCUGCAGUGUGGAAGGCAGUGGGUUGUUUGAGUAGCUCAGUAGUUAGAGACAGUGCUGGGCUGCUGUGGAUGUAGUGGGUUUGAGUAGCUCAGUGGUUAGAUAAAGCGUUGGGCUGCAGUGUGGAAGGCAGUGGGUUUGAGAAGCUCAGUAUUUAAAGAAAGCGCUGGGCUGCAGUGUGGAAGGCAGUGGGUUUGAGAAGCUCAAUAUUUAAAGAAAGCGCUGGGCUACAGUGUGGAAGGCAGUGGGUUUGAGAAGCUCAAUAUUUAAAGAAAGCGCUGGGCUGCAGUGUGGAAGGCAGUGGGUUUGAGAAGCUCAGUAUUUAAAGAAAGCGCUGGGCUGCAGUGUGGAAGGCAGUGGGUUUGAGAAGCUCAAUAUUUAAAGAAAGCGCUGGGCUGCAGUGUGGAAGGCAGUGGGUUUGAGAAGCUCAGUAUUUAAAGAAAGCGCUGGGCUGCAGUGUGGAAGGCAGUGGGUUUGAUAAACUCAGUGAUAAACAAUGAAACAAGGAGUUACGUGCUGGCCCUGCACAAAAGGAGGGGAGUCUUACGUAUCAGAGUGUCCAAGCCCCUCCUACAAGGCGAGCCUUGAUGAAUCCUGGGACGUCCUUCUGAAAAACACCCCCCAUCUCAGAUUAAACACCCUGGACUUCUCCGACUUGUGGGACGACGAAGAACCAGGACUAGACAGCAACGAGGAAGGGGACGUGGCCUCAGAAGUGUCUGAGUCACCGAUGGGUUGGGCUAACACUAUGGCCCCGCCCCCUCCCCCCCUUCCCCCUCCCCCUCCCCCUCCCUGCCCAAUAACAGCUGCCAAGGACUCUGGGGCCACACCCACAAAAGGGCGGACGCUACGCUUGCACUGGAGUGAACUGUGUGACUUGCCCACGCUGCCCAAGGUGAGCCGUUUCGGCAGCCAGACCAUCUGGGCCACGCUGGAACCAGUUAACGUGGACACCAACCAACUGCAGUACCUCUUUGAGUCCAAAUCGGGAGGGCUGGCAGCCUUUAAGUGUAAAGCCUCCGCUGGGCAGAAACAGCUGAACGUGCUGGAACUGAAAAGGAGCAACAUUAUCAACAUCCUCCUGAGCAGCCUGCCUCCUCCCCACAUAAUUAAAGAGGCCGUUGUCAAUAUGGACCAGAGUGUGCUGGACAGAGAGGAUCUGCAGAAGCUGGUGUCUCUCAUCCCCUCCGAGGAGGAGCUGCUGCUAAUCAAAGAGGCCCAGAAGAAGAACCCCUCCCUGACGCUGGGCUCAGCCGAGCAGAGUCUCCUCAUCCUGGGCUCUGUGCCGCACCUGAGUGCCAGGCUUGAGCUGUGGGCCUUCAUGCUGGACUACGAGAACCAGGAGAGAGAGAUUGCUGAGCCACUGUUUAAUUUGAAGCUCGCCAUGGAGCAGUUGGUUGGAAACAAGACAUUCCGCUGUAUCCUAGCAACAGUGCUGGCCAUUGGGAACUUCCUUAAUGGCUGCAAAGCGAAGGGGUUUGAGCUGGGUUACCUGGAGAAGCUGCCUGAGGUGAGAGACACUGUAUCCAGACAGCCCCUGCUCCACCACACCUGCACCAUCCUACUAGAGAGCUUCCCCGAGACCACAGACCUGCACUCAGAGAUACCAGCCCUCACCAAGUCUGCCAGGGUGGAUUUCUCUCAGCUGCAUUCAAACCUGGAGCAGCUGGAGGCCCGCUGCAAGGCGUCGUGGGAACAUCUGAAGGUGAUUGGCCGACGGGAGGGCGGGGGCAGGCUGAAGAGCCAAUUAGGUUCCUUCAUGAAAGACUCGACUCAGCGUGUGAGCAUUCUGAGAGCAGUCUACCGAAGAGUCAUCAACAGGUUCCACUCAUUCCUGCUCUUUCUGGGGUACCCCCGCUCUGCAGUCAGAGAGAUGAACGUCGGGCGCUUCUGUAAGACUGUCAGUGACUUCGCCCUAGAGUACAGGACAUCCAGAGCUCACAUCCUGCAACGCAAAGAAAGGCACAGGGAGAGAGAGGCCUGCAAUGGAAGUGCGAGUGCGAUUGUGAGCCCCUCGACUCCUGACGGGGGGGACCCCGCGCUGCGACAGCACCAGAACAUGAAGGAGGUCCUCAGCACCCCCGAAAUGAGCCGGCGCCUCGACCUGUCCCUGCCACGCCCCCGGCACAAGAACAGGGAGAGCAGAGGAACCGGCCCAGGCAAGCUGAAAACACAGUGAGCCUGUGUUCCCAUGAAACUGCAGCGGCUUACGCGAGAGAAACGAGACUGGGGAGGAAGAACCCGGGGGAAGUUUUUAGCUGUGACACAGAGCUGUUGACACACUUCGUGUCAUUUAAAAAAUAAGAAUAAUUCAGACAAAAAAAAAAAAAAUGGAUUCCAGUAUUAAUCUAUUAAUUACAUUAUUAUUAUUAUUAUUAUUAUUAUUAUUAUUAUUAUUAUUAUUAUUAUUAUUUUAGAACACAUUUUCUUUUCAAAACCUAUACAUUUAAAGUUGUAUAUUUAUACCUAAGUGAUUUUGAAGAUGGGUCAAAGGAUUGGGCCUUAGGAUCUAAAUAAAAGGAGAUAUUUUCAAGGAGCAACUGCAGGAAAGCUACUAAACACCUGUAAACACGCAGUUUGUAAGUGAUCCACCAAAGUAGACAAUGUAGAGAAAACUAAUAACUAAGUGAUCCUCAAAUUUACAGUAAAACUGGUGAUGGAGUCUUCUUAAUUCAAGAUGCAGAUUAUACUGUAUUUAAAUAUUGGUUUUGCACUGUAACCUGUAUUGCCCUGUAUAUGCCAAAUAAACUAAUAAUA